AUGGGCGUCGAAGACCUCGAAACGUACCAAGUCCAGCUCUCGCAAGUCGAGCUCGCGCUCAGCGCCGACCCCGAAGACACGGAGCUCCAGUCUCUCCGUGACCAGCUCAAGGAGCUCAUCGAGCUCACCCAGGCCUCCAUCGCCGCCUCGUCCGCGUCAAAAGCGGACGCGGCCACCAAGAAGGCGGCCUCGACACCGGCGGGGGCGUCCGCGUCGUCCUCGUUCCCGGCGUCGUCCGCGUCCGCCUCCUCGUCGGCGCCGGCGCCCGCCUGGGCCGCGGGCGACGAGGUGCUCGCGAAGUACUCCGGGGACGGGCAGUGGUACCCGGCGCGGAUCACGAGCGUGGGCGGGUCCGCGGAGCGGCGCGCGUACUCGGUCGUCUUCAAGGGCUACAACAACACGGAGCUCGUCAGCGCGCCGCAGGUGAAGCCGCUCCCCGCGGGACAGGGCGGCGGUGGCGGAGGCGCGGGGGCCGGGGCGGGCGGUGCGGGGGUGAAGCGGAAGCUGAGCAAGGAGGAGGAGGAGGAGCGGGAGCGGAAGAAGAAGAAGAACGAGAAGAAGGUGGAGGUGCGCGCGGCGAAGGCGAAGGAUCAGCAGAACAAGCAGGCGAGCUGGCAGAAGUUCGCGAAGAAGAGCGAGAAGAAGGGGAUCCACAUCGCGGGCGUCGCGGGCACGAGCAUCUUCAAAACACCCGAAAACCCGCUGGGGAGGGUGGGCGUUACGGGGAGCGGGAAGGGCAUGACGGAGACGGCGACCCGAGUGAAGCAUAAGUUCGAGGUUACGGAUGACCCGAACGCUUAG